AUGUCUUCAUCAAGCCAAACGUCCCAAACAACCAGAGACAAAGUUUCCACAGCCAGGAAGACCAGAAACCGUGUCCGCGCAAAAUGGCCAAGAGGUAAUGGGCGCCAGUGCAGGCCAGCUGCCAUAGAUAACAAUGAGCAAGAAGCGGCUAGAACCCCAUUGUCCUCGUCUCCCCAAGAGCUGUCGGCAGCUGCUGUUAAUCCUGUCAGUAGCCCUCGAAAUGACAAGGAUGCCUCCGACAGGGAAACAUUAAUCAGGAGCCCGCCACUACCAACACAAUCCAAAGCCUUGGCAACAGUGUUCUUCGGUGAAUCUAACCUUCUCACGCUGGUCCCGGGCAGACCCGGUUCACAAAACGAUGGCAGCCAGACAAAAGCCGGCCUUCUUUUCCCUCUUAAUAUUCCACCUCGCCCAAUAUCAGAAGGCGGACCUUCAACUAGUGUCGAGCAUGUCAGUAUCGGUGUAUCGCGUUAUCUACGAGAUGAGGGCGCAUUAAAGCUACCUGACUCGCAAGCCUGCAUUCCGGCGUUACAAGCAUACUUCACCUGGUUCCAUCCGUGUUUCCCAAUCUUGGAUAGGGCAGAAUUUACACAUAAACUACUCCUUUCUCAGGUUCCACAUAUUUUAUUACAGUCCAUGCUCUUUAUUGGAACCACGUACUGUGACAGCACAAUCACAACCUCGAUGGGCUUCAGCAACAGGGCAGAGGCCAAAGCUACACUUUAUACACGGGCUAGACUUCUGUUCCAUGCCGACUGCGAAAAGGAUCCAAUUGCCUUAAUUCAGUCCUUGUUUCUUAUGAGCUUUUGGCGAGGUGACCCCGGUGAUAUACGAGAUGUCAGGUAUUGGUUAGGAGUAGCAAUUGGAUUAGCAGAGUCACACGGACUUCACAGAUCUGUCAGAUUAGCCACCACGGAUCCUCAUGAAACACGCAUCAGAAAGCGUAUCUGGUGGUCUAUUUAUGUUCGAGAAUAUCAAGCCGCUGCCCCUCUAGGCCUUCCUUGCAGGAUCAAAGAUGACGACUGCGACGUUGAGCCUUUGAACUUGUUGGAUCUAACACCUGAGAUGGAGACUCUGGACCCGUCCCCCUUUGAUCCUUGUACGCCAGAGCACAUCGCGUAUGUCAUUAGCAUGAUUGACUUAAUACAAAUACUUAAACGUGUUAUCGGCUUACGAUUUACCCCUGGUCGGAAAGUGUUCACUCCUGAGCAAAUAAAUGAUAUAGAUGAUGAUCUCGAAAAGUGGAUUACAACUCUUCCGCACGAGACCUGCCUUGGUGUUGAGAACGGGACGGCGUCAGUGUGGGGUUAUCUGCUCCAUUUGGCAUACAACCAUUUGAAGAUUCUUCUACAUUGGCAUAAGUCUAAUGAACAGACCCGAUUUGAAAACACUAGACAUGUCGCAGUGACAGCCGCCGCAAGGAUUAGCAGAAUCGCUGAGGAUAUGCUUACUCAAGGAACCCUCCUUUAUGGGCAGAUGCACUUGAUCACAAGCUUAUUCGCCGCUCUUUGCAUUAAUACAGCUAGCAUGAAAGAAAGUACAGAUAUAUCGCGGCAUCUGGCUGAACAUCGUGCGCAGAUAUGCCUUCUGGGUUUACAAGAGAUACAAAAGUCCUGGAGGAUUAACAAUAACAUACUAGAUUUAUUUCUUGAGCAUUUAGACGUGUCAGUUUCCCAGAGACUGGAUGAACUUUCGCAAAUACACGAUACUGCUGAUGCUGCGGGAAGCUUAGCCGCAGAGGAACAGCCAGGCAAUGGUAUCAAGGGCACUGCAGAAGAAGUCCCGAUUCACUUCCACACACACGCACAAAGUCUGGCUCUUGAAGACCAAUAUUUUGAGAUGUUAUAUGGGCGAUGGGGGGGUGAUCACAAAAUGACAAGCUUAUGGGAAUAA